AUGCCUGAACCGGACACGGGCGAAGUGCUCUUCCGCACGCACUACUCCGGUAUAUGCGGCACCGACCUGCACGCAGUUCAACUCGGCAGGUACGAAGAUGGCGUGGUCAUCGGGCAUGAGUUUGCGGGCGAGGUCGUAUCUGUCGGACCCGGCGUUGAAGGCUGGCGGGCUGGCGAUCGCGCUGCCGUGCAUCCCAAAGGCAACGUCUGUGGCGUAUGCCCCGAGUGCCGAGACGGUCUGUCCAAUCUGUGCAGCGCCCCGGACAUCGGCGGCACAGCGGGCAUCGGCAGCAACGGAGGCAUGGCCGCGUAUGUGAGCAUUCCGGCGGGCAAACUACGCAGCCUGCCCGAUGAAGUCUCGCUGCUCGAGGGCGCGUGGGUCGAGCCGAUCGCUGUCGCGUUGCGCGGCGUUUCACGCUCCGGCUUCAAGGUCGGACGGCGGGCCGUCGUUGUGGGCGCGGGUCCCAUAGGACUGCUGACCGUGAUGCACCUGCGGCUUGGCGGGGCGAGCCAGAUUACCGUGCUGGAACCAAGCGAGAUGCGCCGCGCCAAAGCCGAGGAACUCGGCGCAGACAUCACCAUCAACCCGGUCACAGACGACCCCACCGAGAUAUUUGGCAAUGACAUCGAGCGCCCGGACUACGCAUUCGAGUGCUCCGCUGCGCCCUCCGCGCUCGAUACGGCAGUGGAAAUUCUACCCCAUAAUGGCACACUGGCGCUACUCGGUGUUGCGACAUUCCCAAUCAGUUUCCGCUCAUACACCAUAAUUCGCAAGGAGCUCACAGUCACCGGCAGUUCCAGCUAUGUGGAGGAAUUCGACAUCGCAAUUCGCCUGCUCGCGCGCAAGGCGCUCGAUGUGCAGCCGCUCACCAGCGAUGUCGUAGGGCUUGAGGGCGUGCUCGAUGCUAUGGAGCGGCUUGAACAGGGGAAGGCAAUCAAGAUUCUCGUGCAGCCGAAUGACUAG